AUGUUCACAAUGAUGCUGUACAUCUUCGUGGCUUGUUUCAUGCCAUUGACAUAUGCCACAGACCAUACUGUAGUAGUGGGUGGUCCAGGUAAUGUGUUAACGUACACCCCUAAAAAUGUUACUGCUCAACCUGUUGCAUCGGCCACAAACCCACCAACAAACUAUACCAUCACUGUCAACCAAACAUCUACUGGUGCUUAUUAUUAUAUGUGUAGUAUAACUGGUCAUUGUCAAGGUGGUAUGUGGGGUGUAAUAUUUGUUAGUGGUUCAGCACCUUCAGGUACUGCUGCACCUUCGGGUGCUUCUCCCACUUCUACUGAUGGCACUGGAAGUGGCUCUACACCUUCCCCUACAAGUACAAAAUCAUCGGGCACCAAAAAUGUUAAUAUUAAUUUCAUAGUGAUAUUUAGUUUUACUUGUGUUUUGGCUAUUUUUUCUGGGAUGUUGUUUUAA